UCAUUAACCUUAUGCAAUGUGCGACGAGUGCAUCAUGAAAAUUUUUCAACGUAUCUGACGCAGUUGGCGACGUGGUCGCAUAAGAUUGAAAAAAACGGAAAAAAUAAGAAGAAGUAAGGAAAAGAGAAAGAAAAAAAAAACAAAAUUAGCAUCGAUGGUUUGCGUCUAUAUAUGCUUUGCGAUUAAAGCUCUUAAAAUGUGACCUUAUUCUUAACUUAUAUGUACGUAUCUACAUACAUAUGCAUUGUGGUGAAUUGGUUAUUAUCAGAUCACAUGACCAACAGUAGAUAUAUAUGUUAAUAUAUAACGGGUACUGUGGCUCUAUAAUAGAUUUUGUUAAUAAAUCAUAUUUUAGACACUUUGAAUUAUUUUCAUUUUGUAACCAAAAAAGGAAUACCAAAUCAAGAAUUAAAAUAAAGAAAUGAUGAGUAUGGCUAAUAAAUAAUAAGUCAAAGUCAGUGUAUGAUAUUGGUAUGACUCUACAUACAUGAUAUGAUUGAUUCCUUGAAAGGAGGUUGGGACAGCUGAUUGAAAGAAAAGCCACAAUAAGUUUAAUUUUUUUUCUCUCCUCUUUUUUCGUUUAAAUCAUAAUAAACGCUUGAAAGCAUGGCUGGAUUUGUUUUAAGGGUUAAAACAAAGUCAGGACAGAAAGUUGUAAAUGGGCUUGUCCCACAGGAUAAAGUAGCUGCAUUGAAAUCGAAGCUAGCCGAUGUGACAGGUAUUUCUGUCGAUGCUCUUCACGUUCUUGGUGGUUUUCCACCUAAAGCGAUCAAUCUUGACAAUGGAUCGGCUACUAUUAUGGACAGUGGUAUAGUUUCUGGCGAUACUCUGAUUAUUGAAGAAAAACAAGUUAUUAAUGGCGCUCAAAUAGAAACUGAAAUUGGUAGAUCUCAUAUUGUUAAUGAUGAAACUUUCCUUAAUACACCUGGUGUUCUUAUGAAAAUGGUUGUACCAGCAGAUAAUUCAUGUUUAUUCACUAGUGUUGGCUAUGUUCUUAAUGGAAAAGUUGAUAGUAGUUGUUCAAGUUUUAUGAGAGAAAUCAUCGCUAAUACCGUCGCCUCAGAUAUAGAGGAAUAUUCUGAAGCUUUUUUGGGUAGACCUAAUGCAGAAUAUUGCAAGUGGAUUUUAAAGUCAGAUUCGUGGGGAGGAGCAAUAGAAUUAUCUAUACUGUCGAAAUUUUAUGGAUUGGAGAUAGCUGUAAUUGAUAGUAUCAAUGCUAUUAUAAACAGGUUUGGAGAAGAUCAACAUUACGCUCAAAGAGUAUUUCUUAUAUUUGAUGGAAUACAUUAUGACCCGCUUUACUUGGAACCACUUGAUGGUGGUUCCAUUCAAACGAUUUUUUCAACAGAAGAUGAUAGAAUGUUGUUAGAAGCUGCAGAGCUUGCAAGAGAAGUGAAGUCUAGUCGCCAAUAUACAGACAUUCAAAAAUUUAAAUUAAUGUGCUAUGUUUGCAAUAUUAAAUUAAAUGGACCAGUCGCAGCACGACAACAUGCCAGUGAAACAGGUCACAAGAGCUUUGGAGAAGUGCCUGUAUAAUGUAGUUUCAAUUUGAUCAUCUAAUAUAUGAUAAGUAUUUUUAAUCAGACUGCUAUAUAUAAGGCGUUCGAUAAAUUAGUCUCAAUUAGUCUGAUUUUGUCACUUGAUCAAGGCUUAAAAACAUUUUAAAACUAUACACCAAUACUUCUCCUGUCCUAAGUAUGCAUAUAUACAAUGCACUCUCUAAUAGAAUUUUAUAAACAAAUAAUUAUAUGCUGGUUUUUUAUUUAAUCGAAACAAAUUUUUUUUCAUCAAUAACCAUACGUAACAAUUCAAUCUUUUAUGUGCGCGCAUGUGUUUUAUUUUCUUAUAUAUAAUAAAAUCAUUAUAAAUAAAAUCAUGCAUAUUAUAUUUUUAAACAAAAAA